AUGCAAGCAUGCUUCUUUCGCGCCCUUCCUAGACGCUUCGGAGCGUGCAAUGUCACAGUCAGCGCGCCCAAGAUCAGCCAUGUCCGCCCAAUCCACCCAACAGCCCACCGACUGGCGCAGGUCGCUAAGCUGCAAUCCGAGCUCGAGAAACGCAUUGCCGCCAUCCCCAUAGAGCGCUUCCGCAACUUCUGCAUCGUCGCCCACGUCGAUCAUGGAAAGAGUACAUUGAGCGACCGUCUGCUGGAGAUUACUGGUGUCAUUGAAAAAGGUGGAAAUGCUCAGAGUUUGGACAGACUCGAUGUCGAGCGAGAAAGAGGCAUCACUGUCAAGGCUCAGACGUGUACCAUGCUCUACAACCACAAGGGCUUGGACUACAUGCUACACCUGGUCGACACGCCUGGCCACGUCGACUUUAGAGCAGAGGUCUCACGAAGUUAUGCCAGUUGCGGUGGAGGUGCGUUGCUCACCAGCCAAAGCCUUGACAAGAAAGCGCGCGCUGACACUCUUCCACANGCUCUCCUAGUAGUCGAUGCGAGUCAAGGUGUGCAAGCACAGACUGUCGCCAACUUCUACCUCGCUUUCUCCCAAGGCCUCACCCUUGUCCCCGUCAUCAACAAGAUCGAUCUACCCACGGCCGACGCCCCGCGCGCACUUGAACAGAUCAAGGACACUUUCGAGCUGGACCCGAACAAGGCAGUUCUGGUUUCGGCCAAGUCUGGCAUCAACGUCGAGGCAUUACUGCCCAGCGUUGUCGAGAACAUACCCGCUCCCAUAGGAGAUGAAAACAAGCCGCUACGUCUUCUCCUAGUCGACUCGUGGUAUGACAACUACAAGGGCGUCAUCCUGCUGGUUCGCAUCUUCCAAGGCCAGGUCAAGCCUGGUGACCAUGUCACUUCCUUCGCUACUGGCAUCAAAUACUAUGUCGGCGAGGUCGGAAUCAUGUACCCCCUUCAAACACCCAUGACUGUCUUGCGUGCAGGUCAGGUCGGCUACAUCUACUUCAAUCCUGGAAUGAAGCGUUCGCAAGACGCCAAAGUCGGUGACACCUACACCACUGUCGGCUCGGAGAAGCUUGUAGAAAUGCUGCCUGGCUUUGAGGAGCCCAAGCCUAUGGUUUUCGUCGCUGCCUUUCCUGUUGAUCAAAGCAAUUACGAACAUCUGGAGGACAGCAUCAACCAGAUUGUACUCAACGACCGUAGUGUCUAUGUUCAGAAAGAGUCAUCGGAAGCUCUAGGUGCGGGCUGGCGUCUCGGCUUCUUAGGCACAUUGCAUUGCUCUGUCUUUGAGGACCGUCUUCGACAAGAGCAUGGUGCGAGUAUCAUCAUCACUCCUCCAUCUGUACCAUUCAAGAUCGUCGACCCCAAGGGUAAGGAGACGAUUGUGUCGAAUCCAAACGACUUUCCUGAAACCGACACACUCCACCAAAAGGUGCAGGAGCUUCAAGAGCCCUUUGUCCUUGCUACCAUUACUAUGCCUGAAGAGUAUCUCGGCAAGGUGAUCGAGCUGUGCGAAGGCAACCGAGGGGUACAGAGCGAGCUCACGUUCUUCACGUCAACACAAGUAAUCCUGAAGUACGAACUCCCUCUUGCGCAACUCGUAGAUGACUUCUUCGGUAAGCUCAAGGGCUUGACCAAGGGUUAUGCAUCCCUUGACUACGAAGACGCUGGCUGGCGCAAGUCCAGCAUCAUCAAGUUGCAACUGCACGUCAACAAAAUCCCUGUUGAUGCAGUUGCUCGUGUUUGUCAUCACAGUCAAGCCGAGCGCAUCGGCAAGCAGUGGGUGACCAAAUUCAAAGAGCAUGUCGACCGACAAAUGUUUGAGAUUGUCAUUCAAGCUGUUGCUGGCAGAAGGAUUGUGGCUCGUGAAACCAUCAAGCCUUUCCGAAAGGAUGUUCUGGCGAAGCUUCAUGCUGCUGAUACCAGUAGAAGAAGGAAGUUGCUCGAAAGACAAAAGGAAGGAAGGAAGAAGCUGAGAGCUGUUGGCAACGUCGUGAUUGACCAGAAAGCAUUCCAGGGCUUCUUGGCGAAAUAG